UUUGAGUGUGCAAUAUGCAACAAGGCAGCGUUGGAAGCUACGAGAACCAGGGAGUUCCGAUUAAUCUGGAAAAGAAGAGUCGGAAUGAUUUCGUUCCGUUGGGUAACGACGAUGGCGGGGACGUUCUUCGUAAUAAUAUAUCACGUGCAGUUAGCGACGUUAAAGUGAAAAUGGAAGCCGAGGAUGUUGAAAAUCCCGUCGAAGUUGCCGUCAAGGCGGAAGCCAGAGAGGGAUGCGAGGCGACGGCGGAAUUCUCGAUCCAGAAGACAGUCGUCGAUGCCGAAUCGGCGCCUCCGACGUCCUUCGCCAAAGUUAUAAAUAGCGUCGACUUUCUUAAGCCUCAAUAUCAUCAAACUCAUCCCGGCUACCAGCACGGUCCGUUUCCGGUUGUCGGACCCAAUAAGAUGCCGAAUUUUAACUUCCAGAACUUUUACGCGGCCGCCGCUGCCGCCGCUGCAGUUUCACCCUUUCGUGGUCAACACUUGCAGCCUAACAAAAAUAUGAACAAUUUUCACGGCGGAGCUACGCAGAUUAAUGUGCAUCAGAAUCCGACGCCUCAACAACAGCAGCAUCCUAACUUUAGGGGCAGACCCUUGUCCAGUGAGAGUUAUCACCAUCGUUUCAAUAGCAAUUAUCACCAAGUCAACAACCCUCCUGUUUCUUAUCCUGGCUUUCAAAGCGCUUCGCUGAUGUCGCCACCAACGGCGAACUCACUUUCCUACAACAAUAGUCAGAAUAACAACUACAGGACGCAGUAUCCGAGGCAUCGGAAAUGGAACAAUCCAACAGGACUCCGAGGACUUCAUCCACCAAUGCCGUGGCCAACGUGGUUCUUUCGGCCGGAUUUACCUCCCGUUUCUACACCCGUCACUACUCACGUUUCUAGUUCAGCGAAUCGUCCGAUUACUUCUUCAUUGACACCAAGAAUUCAUCCCGACAUCACAAAAGUUCAAGAUCUUCCACUGGAUGGCAGCAAGAUCCAUGGUCAAACACCGACUAUUUGCACGUCGAUCAGAUGCACGGUGAACGGAUGCUCGUGCGACUCGUUUACACCAGGAAAACGUCACUUGCGGUACUGCGAGAAAUGCCAUCACGGAUGGGUGCCUCACGCGCUCGCGCGACUGUCAAGCGUGCGGGUUGCCGGUGGUGGUGGGGAUGUCGCCUCCAGCCCCCUCGCGACCUCCGGUGGUAGGGAUGACAACGGCGCCGGAGGGAGGGUAGCGCCGGUACGUGGUGGGGAUGACCGGAGCGGCGAACAGGAGGUGGAGAAGUCACGCAGCCCAGAGAGUGUCGAGCCGACGGCCGCGUUUGACGUCGCAUCUCUCGUUCUCUAUGGUUCGCGCGCGCUACCGAUACGACUAAAGAUAUUGCUCGAUCAGUUGCUUAACCAACUACCGCAACAACAAGUUACGCGUCUGCUUGCCGCAUUCGGCUGGACCAACGAGGAUUACAGUAGAGGAUACAUACUGCAGGACUCGCAGAACGGCCCGGUUCUGGACCGAUGGAGUAUAUGCUCGGCUGAGGAGGAGCCGCUGGUCCUUCAGCAGUUCCUCAGAUUCGCCGAGACGCGUCCCUUCGUCCAGCAACUGUUGUUGGCAGCGGGAACGCCGGGAUCGGAUGCUAUGUCACCGAGUCGUCGACCGUCGCCUCCAACGAUGCCCCUCGCCCAUCUGCCACCGCCGCUCCACCUCCUCCACUGCGGACUUCCACCCCCGGGUUCGCGGUUGCCGCCCCCGCCGCCACCGCCUUCGGUUUCUCACCCGUCCAUGUCGCCCAGCUCGGUACAGAAGCACCACUACAACCAUUCGUCGAUAAAUGCCACGACGACGACGACGACGACGACGAGUGUCAGCUCGCCGCCACGGGGAAUCGAAAAUUCACAGUUCACCGUAUCACCGUUGAACAGGCUGCAGAGUAUGCAACCGUUCGACUUCCGGAAGCUCGGAGCCCUUGGUCUUCCCGGUUUCCCACCGCUCCCACCGCCGCCGCCGGCUGACGUGAUCCUCGGAUCCCGAAAGUCCAUGCGACACUCCCAAAGAUCUCAUAGUCCUCCUCUCCACAUUUCAAACUCCCAGCUAAGGCCUCCGGUGCCACCGAUGCCGCCAGUGUCUUCGGCUGCCCUUACCUUCAGUCACUCCCUAGCCGCCGCGGUGUCGUCAGGUACACUCCCUCCGAAUUUCCCAACCCAUUUCCCGCCCCCACCGAUGAUGGGGAAACCAACCGGCGGCGGAAUGCCUGGGUCUAUCGACAUGCACAGCAGCGGUGAGAAGAGCAGCGAUUUUGGUUCCGAGGACGACGAGGACGACGACGAGAACUCGGGGAGUGCUUUGAACCUUAGCAGGAGGGGGGACAGCUCUGCGAAACACGAGAACCACCAGAACCACCAUCAUCACAAUAACCAUCACCAUCAUCACCACCAUCAUCAUCAUCCGAUGUCGAUGCAGCCUGCACCGCUUGGCAGGCCACCCGGUGUUCCAGGAAGGAAGCCACACUCUCCGGGGAAGCGGCAGCAGUGGGGAACCUCACCGAAUCUGCCCCUUAACUUGGGAACGCAGUUCAUAAAUCCAGCGACGGGGAAGAAGAGGGUCCAGUGCAACGUUUGUUUGAAGACCUUUUGCGAUAAGGGGGCGCUCAAGAUUCAUUUCAGCGCUGUUCACCUGCGGGAGAUGCACAAGUGCACGGUCGAGGGCUGCAACAUGAUGUUCAGCUCGCGGCGGUCCAGGAACAGGCACAGCGCGAAUCCUAAUCCAAAGCUACAUUCCCCUCAUCUUAGAAGGAAAAUCUCACCGCACGACGGACGCUCCUCGAUGGCGCACGCUCUUGUCCUUCCACCCCAAGUUGGGCUCCCGGUACCGGCGACCGGUCUGAACCCUCUAUCCUUCGGGUCUUUUCCUCUCCUCACUCCACCACCGGAUCUACGUCAUUCCACCGCCCUUGACUUCAAGCACCUCGAUCUCUCGUCUAAUCAGAACUGCAACCGCGCUGGGUAUGAGGAACUCCAUCAGAGGAGAACGUCGUCGAACACAACGGCCAGUAUGUCGCCACCUGCUCCACCCACCACACACGAAGGCGACGAGGAUGACGACGACGACGAUGGUAUCGUCGUGGUAGCGGAGGAGGAACACGGCCAUCAACCGAUUAUCGUUUCGCAAAGAGACGAGGAAGAGGAUCAGCCAGCCGAUUUCAGUCUUGCUAAGCGACCCAGGCUCUCCGUUAGCGAUCUUGACGAUGACUUUGCGAGCAACGUCGACAGCAAUGAGGACAACGAUUCGAUCAGCACUAUCGACCAGCCGCCAUCUUCUGUCCACCCGAACUCCGUGAACUCGAACACUCACAACCGGGGCGUUCGGAAAAGAAAGUCCCAGAAUCCUACGAGGUGCGCGAUGCCGGCGGAGACUCAUUCCUCGUCCACCGAAGGUGAAUCCUCGAACGACGCCAUCUUCCAGGACCAACCCGAGGACAUGUCGAUGUCUCGACUCCAGGAAGUUGAGGAGAAGAAAACCACGUCUCCUCGACCUUCGUCGCGGAACAGAUCGACUUCUGGUUCCCCGGAACGGAUUGCGGUCGUGGAAAGUUCAGGAAUCGUUACUACGGGAUCGAAACAAGAGAGCAAAGGGGAUACGCCGAUCCUCGUUGCUGAUGAACCGCUUCAGGAAGAACCGAGGGAUCUUAGCUCGAGGGCGAGCAGCGGUCGUCGAUCUCCUAGACAGUCUAGUACUCCGGAACCUGUAAAGACGGUGGCCUCGCCGUCGAGAAAUGUCGACACGACGUCACCGUCCGAACGCCGAGAUCGAAAAAUUUCUGAAAAUCGGAGAGACGAGAAUGAGGACCACGACCAUGAUCAGGACCAGAACCAGAACCAGAACCAGAACCAGAACCAAGACCAGGGCCGGGACCAGGAGCAGGACCACCAGGUGGACGAGGAGGAGGAGGAGGAGGAUCAAGCGGAGGAUGAUGAUGAUGACGAAGAUGUGGAGGACGAGGAAGAGGACGAUCAAGUCUCGGUUAAACACCGGCAUCAAGAAGGUGAGCGCCCUGAUGAUACAACCCCCCGUGCCCGAUCGAGUUCGGUCGACAGCAGCCACCUGACAACUGCCGACGACCUCUCGCUCGACUCCUCGAAUGCUUUGCGUCAACUCGAGUCAUUGUCGCAGGGUCGAAUGCUGUUCGGAACGCUACAGCAGCAGCAGCAGCCGCAGCAGCCGCAGCAGCAGCAGGAGGGUUCGAGGUCUGGCAGAAUCUCUACCAGCCCCACCAGCUGCAGCCCAACGAUGGAGAAUACGAUGAUGGAGCACUCGAUGAUCGGGGACCGGCUGGACAUCCACAGCCUGGACAGAUUCGAGCGGUUGGACCAGUUGGAGCUAAUGGACCAAAUGGACACCUACUCUCAUGGCUCACGCUCAUCCAGCGCCUCGCCCUCCACAACGGGCAUGGACAUGGACAAUAGCCUUAUAACUUACGCCCGUUACGAGAACGGGGGCUUCGUAAGUACACAGGAGGUUCCCCUGGACAGGGAAAAUCCUCGUCGAUGUACCGCCUGCGGCAAGGUGUUCCAAAAUCAUUUCGGGGUGAAAACGCACUACCAAAACGUUCACCUGAAGCUGAUGCACCGGUGCAGCGUCGACGGUUGCAACGCGGCAUUUCCAUCGAAACGAUCGCGGGACCGGCACUCGGCCAACCUUAACCUUCACCGGAAGCUGUUGUCGACGUCGUCGAGUCCUCCCCUCGCGAAUAUACCAUCGGGCAGCCUCCCGCCGCACCUCGUCGACGAUCCCCAGCUGAACCCGCUCCUCCACAACGAGUUCUUCGCGAGGCUUUACGCCGAUGCUGGUAUCGGGGCGAUCGGCGGCUACCCGCUGCCCCCCGGCGGGGUUCCGGGUGUCGAUCUAGCCGCCCGAAUUCCGCCGCCCCACCCCCUCCUCCUGCCUCCUCACCUCGGUGCUUUCACGGGUCUCUCAUCAUUCGCCAGUCACCUAGCAGGAUUGAACGGCAUAACCCAUCAGCACCUCAACCAUCUCACAAGGUUGUCCCAAGAGCGUAACAACCCUCGCAACAACUCGUCUCAUUCCGGGUCCCCGGUCUCAUCCCCAAAUCCUGACGACUUCCACGGGAACAAGGAUCAGGAGGCAGCGAGAUGCAUGAUACCGGGUUGCGACAGGGUUUUCAAUUCCAAAGCCGUACGCGACGCGCACUCACGUGAUCCUCAGGCCCAUCGCGAUCUACCACCCGUUGUAUCGACCAACACGUCGUGACCGCUAUCCUGGUAUCACGCUCUACGACAACGUAAUUACUCUUUGCUGUGAUGCCAAAAUCUAUAAUAAUAAUAACAACAAUAAUAAUAAUAAUAAUAAUAAUAAUGAAAG